AUGAAUUGCAGCAAAGAAUUUUUUGCUUUCUAUCCAGAAGUUAAAGAAUGCAUUAGCCAGUUUCUCAACGGAUUCACUGUUGACUGGGUACAAAAACACUGCAUAGAUAUGCUUGAAUAUUCAACAAAAGGCGGAAAAAUGCUUAGAGGAAUUAUGACUGCAGCUGUUUAUCUUGAAUUAACUGGAUACUCACCAGAUUCUGAAGAAGCUAAGGUUGGAUAUUAUCUCGGCUGGGUUGAAGAGAUCAUUCACGCUGGUUAUUUGAUAGCCGACGACUUGAUGGAUCAAUCUGAAACGAGAAGAGGCCAAGAAUGUUGGUACAAACGUGAAGAAAUUGGUGACCAAGCUGUUAAUGAUGGUCUUAUUCUUCAAGAUCUAGCUUAUGUCUUAUUGGACAAAAUUCGCAACAAACUCAAUACUAAAUACUACGCAAAGUUAAUUGAAUUCUCACGUAAGAUUGGUACAUACACAACUAUUGGCCAAACAUACGAUUUCAUAGCAAAAAUACCAUCAUUCCAAGAAUACAACCAAAUUGUAACAUACAAAACAGCAUUCUAUACAGUUGUCUCUCCUAUAGUUUUUUGGCCUUAUUGGAAGUCAAAUAUACGAUGUUGA